GCUGAAGGCUCAAGAGAUGACAAUGUCCCUGCAGGAGCUGGUUGCACCUGAAGCUGUAACGGUGCCUGUGCUGGAGAUUGACGGAAACACCGCUGACAAGGUGAUGUUUGUCUUUUGGAUUUGACCUGCAAAUGAUGAAAACUAUCAUGAAUCUGCUAAAAUGUUUUGUGCCUCACAAGAGUAGCGAGCUUUAUCAGAGUUUCCCACUUUACAAUGACAAGCUUCAAUGCAUAUAUUAGGAUGUCAUGUGAUUGUCCAUAACAAAGUGGUGCUAAUUCUGAUGUGAAAGAGAAAGGAUAAUAUGUGGCAUAACAUUCUUUUGUACAUAAAAAUCUGACAUUAUUGCAUGCUUUUUUUAUUAAACCUUUUCAACUCAAUGCUCAGUAGAGCCACGUUUUGCUGCAUUUACAGCUGCUUGUCUGUUUGACCAGGUCUCUAUUUGAAGCAUCUGAAAUUGGUGUGCAUUUUUUUUUGCAAACCAACUCAAAUUCAUUCAGAUUGGACGGAGAAUGUCUGAGAACAUUCACUGCCGUGUCUUGCCACAGAUUCUAAAUUGGAUUUAGGUUUGGACUUUGACUGGGACAUUCUCAUAGACUGAUAUAUUUUAACCAAGAUCAUUGCAGUCAGAAACAUGCUGCAAUGGCCUUGCUGAGGUUGUAUAUUUAGGGUUGCUAUUCUGUUUUCAUUUUCAGAUGACAUAUUGGACAGAUAUUUUUCAGAUUGUCAAAGCUUUGAAUACUGGAUUAUAACCUAAUCCUGCUUUAAACUUCUCCACAACUUUCUUCCUGAUAUGUCUGCCGUGUUCCCCAACAAGCCUCUGUGGAUUUUAUUUGCAUGUAUCAGAGAAGAGGAUCCAAAAUGUAAAUGGACACCACACUUCAAAUUUAUCCGCCAACAUUUUACUUUCUCUUCCUUGUUGUGGAAUGGUGGUGGAGCAUCACGUCGGUUCUGGCAGGCAACCCGUGGUCAGUCCCAAGUACUGUCCAGGAGCCAACAACAGUCCAGGUUACCGGUGUGAAACAGGACACUGCUGUGGAGAAACAGGCUGCUGUACCUAUUACUAUGAACUCUGGUGGUUUUGGCUGCUGUGGACGGUCCUGAUCCUCUUCAGCUGUUUCUGUGCUUACCGGCACCGCCGAGCCAAGCUGAGAAUCCAGCAGCAGCAAAGGCAAAGGGAAAUCAAUCUAAUUGCUUAUAACGGAGCCUGUAACUACCCGUCUUCAAUGUUGGACCUCAGUUUUCUGACUUCUCUGAAGCUGCCCUCCUAUGAAGAGGUGGCUGCCCAGCCCAGCACGCCUCCUCCUCCUUACAGCUCCAUCUUCGCCCUCCAGGGAGGGACCACAGCAGGUCCCAGCUCUUCUUACCCUCAUCACCACCACCACCGGCACCCCUGUCCUCCGUACCUGGGCCCCGGCACCAGUGGGCUGACCUCUUCCCAGAGCUCCGACAACUACACCAGCUGCUCCUGCGAGUCCUGCUCCCUCACCUCCCCAUCCAGCACCUCCUUCUCGGUCCAGGUGACCGACGAGACGUAUGACAGCAGCCGUAUGUCCACACCCAGUGAAGCCGGGUGUGACUACGCUGUCGUGCCGAGGUCGUCGCCUUCCCCGUCUCAAGUUCCCCCGGAUCUGAUACCCGCCGCCACUCCUGACGUCAUACCAGUGCAGCGACGCUCCUCUGCUGGCAGCGACAGACUCUCGCCGCCUUGUCCUCCGCUUUCCCUCCCUUUACACUCACAACUCUCACAUCCCGCUCGCCUCCCUCUCUCCCCCCUCGUCCUGUUAUCUUCUGCUCCUCCUGGUCAAGUUCAUUUCCUCGUGCCCGCUGACCCAUCGGCGGGUGUGGAGGCCUCACCCUCACCUUAUAAUGAAACACCCUCUCCUUCCGCAAAGGAUCUGCACUCACCAAACACAAAUAACAAAGAGGAGCAAAACCAAGAUAGGGACGAAGAGGAGGAGGACGAAGAAGACGAGGAGGAUCAUUUCAGUCACAGACGGCUCACAGGCGACUCUGGCAUCGAGGUGUGUCGCUGUCAUGUGAGGAGAGGAGACGAGGAGCUGCAGAAAGGGCGCUCGGAUGAGGGGAAGGGGGAAGGAGCAGUGCAGGAAAUCGGCAAAGAUUCCCCCAGAUCAAAGCUCAGCGUGAAAUCAUCCGUGUUGGAUCCGUGCGAAGAGGUUCCCUCCUCUCCCACUGUCACCUACAAGGCCGAUGAGGCUGUCAUCACUGUGGAGUCCUCCUAAUCUGACAGCUCACAUGAAAUGGCUCAGUAGGCAGGAGUUAGAUAUUUAUGCUUUACAGCAUUUAUGUAGACCAGGGCGAGUAGGUGAAGAGUGGGCGAAUCACUGAAGGAAUGUCUUGCAGAUCUUACUGCAAUAGUUGAGAGGAGUGUAGGUGUGACUGAGAUUUCUGAUCACUUUGCAAACAAGGCACUCCCAGAAAAACUUGAAACUGAAUAUUUAUAUUAGAUGAGAGAAAUGCCUGGGUUUUUGACAAAAAAAUAAAAAUAACAGUGAUUCAGUUAUCAUUGCUGAAACCACUUAGCAAUGGCUUUGCUGUUACCUGGCAUGCAUUGCAUGCAAAACCCACAACAGAGGUAUUCCUUCUCUCUUUUCUUUGUCUUUCAAUCUAUGGAUACAGUGUUGCCCUAAAAGGGACAUAUUGACAUGGAAACCCCGUGUGUCUGGUUCUGGUUGGCUUUGGACGCCUUUUAGGGAAAAUGGGGGUUUUAAGAAGUGAAUAGUGAAAAAAAAGAUUAAAACUGUAACAAUUAAGUUUUUUAAAAAGGAUUUGACUAGAAAUUUGGACUUUUGUUUAGAGAUCCACCAGUUAGUUUGACAGUCUUCCCUUGAUCUACUUUGAUUAGUGAAAUCAAAUUAAAUAUAUUUAUAUUUUUUUCCUUUUCUAUCAACUCCCAACAUUUUUGGCCUAUAAACAACUUUUUUAAUUCUCUUACAUACAGAUUCAGCCACAGAUUAGGGUGUUAUAUUGUAAUUCUUUCAUUCUUUUCCUUACAUUUUAAGGUUCUACCUCUAUGAAGAACAUGCAGAUUGUUUUAUUCUAUGUUUCAUCAGCCGUGGCUGAUUCUGAAAUCUAGAGCUAUGAUGACAUAGAAUCAGUCAAAAUUGAAAUUGGUAGGUCAGACCUCAAAGAAAACUUUAAUUGGGUAUGUGCUAGAAAAAGCUGUUGCUUUAAUGUUUUUUUUUUACAUUGUGGACAGCUGUGUGUGCAUUCAGACAGCUAAAAUUAAGCUAUUUUUGGUUGAACAACUUUCGACUGUUUUAGAUUUGAUACAGCAAAAACAUUGGCUUCCACUGCCUUACAGACCACUACUCAUUUCAUGUAUUAAAGUACAGUAAAGCACAUCGUUAAGCCUCUUUAAACACUUAGAAAAAUAUUAAGGUUCACUCUUGGGUGAAUCAUAGAAGCCUGCUGCUUCAAAAUAAACCUGGAUAGUGAGUGAUAUGUGUUCUUAACUUUCUUUCUACAAAGUUGGAUUAACAAAUACGGAACAAAGACAUGCUAAAAAUAAACGGUUUCACCAGCAUGCAUCCCGUUGCUUGUACAAGAAGCCAGAAAGCAGCAGUGUUUUAAAGCUUUCACAUCUUUAGAGUGGUAUUAUUGUGGUUCCACUUUGUUGUUCCAGACUGUUAGGUGUGCAUACUAUAAUUACCAACUGUUUCACUUUGGACUGAAAGUCUUUUGCUCUUUUUGAAAGGCGACAUGAGUCCAAUUUCUCCAUGAACCCGACUGUUGAGAGUUUAUAACAUUAACAUUUUAAAAUUAACUUUUGUUGACUGAUGAUGAAUGUAGAAAGGUUAUGCAUUCUGACAAGCAAAACACAGCAAGCUGCAUGGAGAGCUGCAUCACGAAAAUGCAGUCAGACAUCUGGGUCUGGUUCUGUGUCUUUCAGUAUUUUGUAAUGUUGAAUAUCAGGACUGAACUGAAAUGAACUGAGAUUUUUUUUUGUGUUAUUUUCUGACCUUUGCCUCAUUUAAUUGAUGUUUGUAAAAUAAUGAGCUGAACACAGCGCAUGAUUUCUACCUGUAAAGUGUUUCCUCAUCUGCCUCACUGUUGCUAAGUACAUCAGUAUGUGGCUAUGGAUUGGUCAUAAAAUUUGUCUAUGUAGAAAAAAAUGAAACAGAAUUUCAAGUUUGACCUUUAGAAAAAAAAAAUUGAAAACUUACAUCUUGAAGGUAAGAAAAAGAAAACCAUACACAAAAAAUUAAAACUCACAAUAUUAAGAGAAGCUACAUUUAAACAGAAGGAAACUUCAAUUUUGAUAAAAUAUUUGUUUUGUUUUGACAUCCAAGACUUUCUUCAUUUCUGUGCUUUUCAAACAGUAUCUUGAAACAUACAAAUAGUCUAGCCCUGAUUUCACGUCGGUACAAAUUGUUUAAGUUUGAGACAAAAAAUUGUUUCAAAUCAAUCUUUCUGUGUAUUUGUUCUGCUAAUGGAAUAAUUAUCUUUGUAGCUCACUGACUAAAGGCCUCUUGACUGUGUCUACAUUCAAAAGCUGACUUGAUUGUCAGUUAAAAUUUUUCUUUUUCAUGUAAAGCUUCAUGAGCUGAAAAAUGAUUUCUUUUCAAACUGUACAAUGUGUGGUUUGUGACUGUUCUUCCUCUGGACUAAAGAAAAUCUCCUUGUAGAAGUGAUUUGAUCUUAGUUGAUCAAAGUAUUUUGUGCCUAUAGAUGAAUACAGAUACUUAAUGAGCCAUUCUGUAGUUUCUACAUGCUUUCAUUAGAUUGUAAUUAGCUCUACUUUGACAGAUGAUUUUGAAGUGCUGAAAGUUUCUUUAUUUUGUGAACCUUAGAAAGAUAAACUGUAUUUAGCAAUAGUACUUGCACUUUUUCCUUUUUCUAUUCCAUGCUGAUUAAUAGGACAUAAACUGUUAUAAACAUUUACCUCUUUCAAAAAAAAAAAAAAGAUGUGUGAGCCAUGCCAGUUGGAGACUAUCUAUUCUUUGGCUUAAGGUUCCUCCCAAAUGCAAAGUGAGAUUAUGAGGUCUUACCUUUGAUUACCUUAUAUUUUUAUUUACAUGUCUAAGCAGCAUUAAGUUUGAGAUUAAAUGAAACUAUUUAUACAUAAAAACUAUUUAUCUGCAAUAUUAUAUAUGGCCUUCAAAAACAAUGGCCAUCUCAUUAAAGAUGUGUAAAAAGCCUUUGGAAGAGAAACAUCCCACUGCAUCACACUUUCUGUUUGAAGACCUUUUUCACAUAUCUGCCAUUUUUCAUGUCAAAGCACAAGUGAAAAUGUCAGCAUUGUACACAUGUGGUGGUAGGACAGAAAACAUUUUUUCUCAAAUUCUUCUUCAAAAAAACAUUUGGGAUGUCAAUAGUUCUAAUGGUUAUGUAGAAGUGUGCUUGAUAAAGCAAUAUUACAACCUUUAAAUUUACAACAAAAUUUAAAGGUUGAAAUAUUACUGAUUUCUUUGUGUGUAAUUACCACUCCUGUAAAAAAAAUCACUUCUUUUUAAGGCUUUUUACACAUGUUUACAAAUGGCACCCACAAUAUUGGCAGGUGCUUCAGGCUUGCAUGUUUGCUUUUCAGUAACUAAAAGAUUACAUGAAUGAACAAAAAAUGCAAAGUAUAAUUGUGCAUUUUGUUUUAUUACCCUUUUUUUUAUCAGUAAUGGGUAUUGCUUUUUUCUAAAGACCUCUUUAUCUUGUUUUUAUCUGUUUGACAGUUCUAGAUUUGGUGAAUUGUUUGUGUGUUUUCAUUUCCUACUAUAUAAAACAAAGCAAAAACAAUUUACAGAUUUAUUUAUUUAUUUAAAUUUUUUUUUUGCAAUACUUUUAACAGAUUUAAGAAAAAAAAUGUUUUUUAUUAAUUUACCUGGACAAUAAAAUCAGAAGAAAUCAGAAGAGGCCUUAUAGAGCUCUGUAAAAUACUACAAAUUUGUAAACAAAAGGCACAAACUGGAGUCCCUAAGUCAAAGCCAAACACCCUGAAGUUCACAUCCUUUCUGCCUUUCCAGCAGCUACAAAAGCCCAAACUAUAAGCAAAGGCGUGAUGCUAGACUGUUACCUUGCUUGAGUUUUGUGUGCAGAAGACUGUUUGCUCCUUCGUCUGAAGCCGUUUUCUUCUUCCUCUGAACUCACGUUGUUGCAGCUGGAUGACACCUAAACAUCAAACUGUUUUCCUUUAACUCGUGCAGAAGUGAGACAGCGGGAAGUCUAACAGUAUCUAAAUGUGGUUGUUUGUGUAGUACUUCAGAUUAAUAUUAUUACUACGUGUGAUGUCCUUUGAGGGUAUCUUUGUGCAACUCUACCUGCAGCUCCUCAGCGUGUCGUACGCAUGUGUGAGAGUUUUUGUGAGGCUGUGUUGUUAAAAUUGUUGCUUAUUGUAAGUAUUUAUGGUAGCUGUCAUAAUGUCCUUUGAGUAAAAAUACUCAGUUCCAUGUAUACCAAGUUAUUUUUUUUAUAUCCUAUUAGAAAUUGUAGCUAUUAUGAAUGGAGGUCAUGUUUUUUUAUUUUUGUCUAUUUGCUUUUCAGUGUCGGGUUUACUCCCAUCAGAUACAUGUGAUCAACAAAAAUGUUUUUUGAUAAAAUAAAUUAAUUAAUAUGAUAUAAAAAUCAA